AUGUUUGCCGCGUACCGCAUGGCGCCGUACCUCGGAAUUUAUGCGGCUGCGGCUCGAUUCCAUGGGUCGGGCGCUGUUGAUCAGAGCCCGAUCGGGAAACGCGAGGCGGACGCGCUGAUGUUUGGCGUGGUGCACCUAGCUAGUGUCUCGUUGCCCGAGAUGGGGUCGGGACUGUCGGAUGAAGAAAGCACGCGCACGAGGAGGAGGAAGCAUCAGGAAGAGUCCGAGGUGUCCAAACCUCCCCAGACACCAGGGCAGGGACCGUCCCUGGAUGUCCUUACUGAGAUCAGGAAGAUCAUCAAGGAGGAGUUAGGGCAGAUAUCAAGUCCCUCAUCGCCCGGGGCAAGCACCGGCAGAGACUCGGCCCAGCAGUCCAUUCGACAGGCAGUUCCAAACACGUCAGCUGCUAGACCUCAAUUGACGACCCUUCCUGCACCCGCCCAACACAAUUCUGCUCCUCGGUUGGGACCGGACGUGGCCGCGUGCGCUCGGCCACACCCCGGUGUGCAAUGCACCAACCCUUCACCGACACAGGCGCCACAUCCGGUUGGCCCUACGCAAGGGUCGCCAAAGGAGUUGAGUGCUAUCGACCGCAAGUGGGGCAUACUGUUUGACCAGAACAGCGUUCCAACUAAGAGGUGGGAGCAGGUUAUCAGAGGGAUCUGCAACUACCUGAUGGCGGAGUACAUGCCCCAAAACUCGCUCGUCGUGACACCAGAGAAAAUGGCGGCCUUCUACUCGCACCACAAGCUCGAUGUGGAGGUAUUUCCCUUUGCAGAGAUCUUCCGCAACCGCCGUGACGUGCCGCCAGUCAGGCUGGCAGAACUGUACCAGCAACUGGCAUGUGAAUACUACCUCGUACCUGCAGAGCCCAAGGCCCGGCCGACGGUACCAGGCCUGACACUCACGGGGUGGACGCGAUGGAUGACGAUCGUUACGCGAGCCUAUCCCGCCGAGGAGGCGCAACGAUUGGGCAAGGUCGUCGCCGCGCUCCCCAUCAACGCCGACAGCUUGCUCGACGGCAAGCCGGAGAGACUGCCUAAGCAGAUAUCUCGCCACCUGCUACCGGAGCGGCCCGACCGAGAAUCUCGUGUAGCGGUCAAGGAUGCUCUCAGAGCCCACUUCGAAGCAAUACAACAAUUCCCGUCUAGGAAAACACCUUCCUCAGCCAACCCCCCAAACCCCAACAGCGACAGCGGACGACGCGCGUCCGUCUCCGGUCCCGUUAGUCCCCGCACUCGCUAUCGCCCCUCCGACAUACCCUCUCCACCAUGUUCCCAGACAGGCGACGACAGCGACGAGCAUCACCACUACCAUCAUCGCAGACGGACCGCCGACCGCGACAGCGACAGAGGUGACCGGGGUUAUCGUGACGGUGCUGGCCACCUCCGCACAUACGGAAGCAGUGGCGCGGCUCCCCGUGACGUACCCCUCCCUUUCCCUCCCUCCCUCGCAGCCACGGCUCUUUCAUCCUCCUCAUCACGUCCCCCGCUUAGCUCGAGGAGGCGAAGUAGUCCGCCGCUGCCAGCCGACCGUAACAGCAGUGACUACAGGCACCAUACUCAGAGGAACUCUAUUUCGGGGUUCAGUGACGGUAGUGGUGAUGUCGUGGCCGGAGGAGGAAAAGGCGGCCCCGAAAGGAGUCACACGUGGUCGAACCUGCCGCGGCGGCGGCUGUCGUCGUCGUCGUCAUGGUCGUCGUCCGACGAGCGGGAGAGGGAUAGGGGAGGAAUGAGAACAAGGGACGGUCGCGAAAUCAGGGAAAUGGACCAUGCGACGUUCCUGGAUCGCGCGGGAACCAAGCAACGCUCAGCUUGGUCGGUCCUAACCAACCAGGACCAACAACUGGGUCGACCUCUGGUCCAAGUCACAGUCACGACCGGUUAUGACGUCGAUAGUUGCCGUCUCGGGAAGAACUGCGCAGAUGGGGGGACCGGCUCCCUCGGCAUGAAGUCUCAAGUCGUUGUUCAGCGGCAAACAAACCCAUCUCGCAGCCUUGCCGGGUUUCUCCAGACCGGAUAGGUCAGAGUAAUUGUACAUGGGCUGUUGGUAUAUUAUGCCUGUGUAUAGGAUGUAUGGGUGAAGGUGGAGGACCCUGACCCUGCAGCAGCCCGAGACUUUUUAAACCCAGUGAUUUCUUCCUCCUUCCAUUCCCCAUACUUCCCCAUACUUCCCCAUACAUCCCCAUACUCCCCCAUACUCCCCCAUAUAUAUACUUCUCCAUCCUCGACCACACUCGGUCGGUACUGUGCUGUACGGUAUACGUACAGACUCUCACACACGCACUCUGGCCUGCUCGCUCGGCGCGGCUCGGCUUCCUCCCCGACAUCUUCUGAUUUCCUUUGUUUUUUGUGUAAUUGCUGCAUGUGCAGUAUCACUCCGGCACCCCC